CCCUCCUACUCCCCCUCCCCACCUUACCUUACCUUACUGUACCCUCCACCCACUAUCCAGGGCAUGGCACCUUCUGCUAUCUCACCCACCACCCAGGAUUACAAGCUUUCAAUUGAAGACUUGAAGUCCGUUGAUCAUUCGCUGGGUGCCACGCUCAACAAUGGCCCCGGCCUGUCCAUCUCCAAGCAGUUGAUCGCCCAGGCCCUCAAGACCCGCGUCGACUCGAUCGAUCCAGACACGUGCGACCUGGGCGACGACGAUGCCUUCUUCGUAGCCGACCUGGGCGAGGUCUACCGCCAGCACAUGCGCUGGAAGAAGAACCUCGCUCGCGUCAAGCCCCACUAUGCCGUCAAGUGCAACCCGGACCCCCGAGUCAUCCACCUCAUGAAGCAGCUCGGCAUGGGCUUCGACUGCGCCUCCAUGAACGAGAUCGAGACGGUCCUCGGCAUGGGCGUCGACCCUUCGCGCAUCAUCUACGCCCAGCCCGUCAAGACAAAGGCCUACAUGCGCUACGCAGCCCGCUCCGGCGUCAAGCAAAUGACCUUUGACAACCUCGACGAGCUCUACAAGGUCAAGCAGCUCACCCCAGACGCCGAGCUCUACCUGCGCAUCCUCACCGACGACUCGGCCAGCCUGUGCCAGCUGAGCAACAAGUUCGGCGCCUCGACCAACGACACGGGCGACCUCCUCGAACUCGCCCGCAAGCUCGACCUCAACGUCGUCGGCGUCGCCUUCCACGUCGGCUCGGGCGCCUCGGACCCGCAGGCCUUCCUCAAAGCCGUCCAGGACGCGCGCUUCGUCUUCGACCAAGCCGAAGCCCUCGGCUUCACCAUGCACACGCUCGACGUCGGCGGCGGCUUCACGGGCGACGCCUCCUUCGAAGCCAUGGCCGCCGUCCUCUCCGACGCCCUCGACGCCUACUUCCCCCCGCACGUCCGCAUCAUCGGCGAGCCGGGCCGCUACUACGUCGCGACCGCCUUCACCAUCGCCUGCUCCGUCAUCGGCCGCCGCACCGUCAACGACGCCACCCUCGGCACCACCUCGUACAUGCUCUACAUGAACGACGGCGUCUACGGCAACUUCUCCUGCAUCCCCUUUGACCACCAGAAACCCACCCCGCGCGUCCUCAAGUGCGCCGCCGACCCCAUCAACUUCCUCUACGACACCCACACCAGCGGCUACGAUACCCCCAGCAUGACCGAGUACUCCAUCUGGGGCCCCACCUGCGACGGCAUCGAUAAGAUCCCGGAUACCCAUUGCUUCGCCCAGGUCAUGAAUAUCGGGGAUUGGCUGUACUUUGAGGACAUGGGCGCUUACACAAAGUGCUCUGCCACACCCUUCAAUGGGUUCCCCAGCGCUCACGACACCAUUUAUGUGUGCAGCGAGCCUGGCGCUGCGUCUUUGCUGGAACUCUAG